AUUAUAUACAAUGGCAACUUGGCGUAAAGGAUCACGAGCCAAAAGGAUUCUUAAAAUGGUUGACGAAUGGGAAAGUGAGGAUGAACAUAAUAAUCUUGAAAAAAAUGACAUUCUUCCUCGUGAUGAUAAAGCAGCAAAAGAUUUAAAAAGUAUACCUGCUCAAUUUGAAUAAAAUUGGUAAGUUGGUUGUAUUUUAUGAUUUUAAUUUUUAUAUCUUCAUUUUAUUUAUUUUAGAUAAACCAACGACUUCUUAUACUGGAAAAGGUGACAAUAAACAAGAACCAUCUCUUGAUAUAUUUGAACUACGAACAGUAAACCUUAAUCUUGAAAAUUCCGCUGAAAAAGACUUGCCAUCGAGUUCAGGAAGAAAUGAUUAUAAUAUAGACAUCAUUAAUGAACGGGUUAUAAGAACACCAUCAUCAAUCUCGAACUUUUCACAUAUUUUAGACAAUAUUGAUUUUAUUGCUUCGCCAGAUGGUUACAUUAUUCACGCUAAUUGUGAUUUCAAUGUCACUACUUUAGACUCAGUUGAAAGAAACUUUGAUGAAACUUUGAAACCCAUUGAAAAUAAUGAAGAUAUUGUUAUACAAUCACCUUAUAAAUCCGUUGAAGAUUCCACCAUUAUUGCAGAGUCUCGAGUCGAUGAAAGUAAUGACAAUAUUAAUCUGAGUAAGACUUUAACGCCCCAGGAUAGAUCUAUAUUAAGCCCUUAUGAUAUAGUUAUAACUUUAAGUAGAGAUGGAAGCCCAACGCAAUAUGAUUUAUUCGAGAAUGAUGAUUCUGAGAAAACGCAAAUAUUAGUUACAUCUGAACCAGAAUCACGAACAUUAUCUACAGUUUCAGUAUCAGGAUCUUUACCAAGUAGUUCCGUGGAAUCUAUUGAUGAUGAUGAUGGUUCUCUCUGUAUAAAAAAAUUAACCCGUAAGCGAUGUCGAAAUAAAAAAGAUUGGAUAGCCAAUAAAUGUAAAAGAUUAAAAAAUUCUGGCCAAGCUUAUGUUGGAUGUCAUUCUAAAAAGCAGUACCCUGCAAAAUCAGUAGGGCCUUCUUGUAAAUGUAAAUUGAAAUGUGGUGAAACCUUUUCUUUUGAAAUUAGGAAUGAUAUUAUGCGAAAAUUUUAUAAACUUGGUAACCGUGAGCUUCAAUGGCAGUAUAUCAGUAAAUAUGUAACUUCAGAAUCUGUGAAAAAACUUCAAAUUAUUCGGAAUAAUAAUCGUACUCAAACUAUUAGUUAUUAUUUGCCAUUAGAAAGUGACAAAGUACGUGUAUGUAAGGUAUUUUUCCUUAAUACUUUACAAAUAUCCGAAAAAACUGUUUAUACUGCUAUAGAAAAGAACGGUAGUGAUUUUGACAAAAUGGACAAUAGGGGUAAACAUAACAAUCGACCACGCAAAAUGUCAGUUCCAACAGAAGAGAGUAUAAUUUCACACAUAAAAUUAUUUCCAACAAAAGAAUCACACUAUCUCAGAAAAUCUUCUAAAAGAAAAUAUUUAUGUGAAACCUUAAACAUUUCAAAAAUGUACCGUUUAUAUACAGAUUGGUUUAAAAAACAGACAGACGAACAUUAUAGUGAUGUUCAGAUGGCUACUAAAAGACAGUACGAGACUAUAUUUAAUACAAAAUUUAAUUAUUCUUUUUUUCAUCCUAAGAAAGAUUUAUGUAGUACUUGCACGCUUUAUGAACAAGCUGAAGGCGAGAUCAAAAAAUCUUUAACAGAUAAAUACAUAAAACAUAUCAAUAAUAAAGAAAGGAUUCGUGAAAUCAAAAAUUCUGAAAAGGAAAAUUUUGGUGCUAACUCUACUCUGGCUAUAUUUGAUUUAGAAAAGGUUUUGGGCGUACCUCAGUCAGAAGUAGGGAUAUUUCACUAUAAGCGGAAGUAUCCCGUUUAUAACUUCACCGUUUUUGAUGCGACAAGAAAAAAGGGAUACUGUUACAUGUGGCAUGCGCAAAUUGCUAAAAGAGGAUCAAUAGAGAUAGGUAGCUGUCUAUACAAUUUCAUUGAGGAACAACACAAUAAACAAAUAAAUAAAAUUUCAUUUUAUUCCGAUGGCUGCGCAGGACAAAAUAAAAAUCGAUUCGUGUUUGCACUUUAUCUGUAUGCUGCUAUUAAAUUCAAGUUGGAGAUUACUCAUAGGUUUUUUGAAUCAGGUCACAGCCAAAACGAAGGUGAUUCUAUGCACGCAUGCAUAGAACGAGCCCUAAAAAAUAAAAAAAUUUAUACACCUGACCAACUUUAUGGUUUAGUAAUGAAUGCUAAACAAACUGGUGAAAAAUACAAUGUGAAAGAAAUGAGACAAACUGACUUUUACGACUUAAAAAAAUUAAUUACCGGACAAAAUUGGUUAAAGGAUUCAAAUGGAAUAAAAAUAUAUUGGUCAAAGAUCAAACAAAUAAAAGUAUGUUACACAAACCCGCAUUCACUUUACUAUAAAUAUGAAUAUGAUGGAGAUUUUAACGAAUUAAUAGUUACAACAUCAAUAUCUACUAAAAACACACGAAAACGAAAAACUAACGCAACAACUUCAUCUGUCGCCGAUGUGAUUUUAGAACCAGCAUAUACCGGUCCAGUUCCAAUUUCCAAAGCUCUGCACGAAGAUCUGCAGAGUCUUUGUAGGAUUAACGCCAUACCUCACAAUUAUCACAGUUUUUACAACUCAUUGUUAAGUACAAUUACUGAAGUAGUUCCUGAUGAAGAUGACUCUGAAAAUGAAUGACUGUAAUGAUGUCUCAUUAAAGUUAUUCCGGUUGAUUGGGUAUUAUUACAAAAAUAA